AUGACCUGGAUGCAUAAUAUCUCCCAAUUUUCGCUGAGACUCUUCAAGCAAAGCACCUUAAGUUCUGCCCCUGGUAUAUUGGAUGUUACUAGGGGAAAGCCUAGAAAAUGGCAAAAAGGUUGGAGAUUUACCUUAUAUACGGCUUCGGGCACAGGAAUUCUUGUUCUCUGCUUCAAUCUUGGACUCCUGAUCUGGGUGUUACCACGUCAUAAUCUCAUUAAUGGACGUGGGGUUCUUUAUGACGGCGACUGCGAUAAGAUCCACAACCUGAGCAUUGUGCUUCACUUGGUGAUAAACAUUUUUAGUACCUUACUAUUGAGUGCCAGUAACUACACUAUCCAAUGCUUGAGUGCGCCAACAAGAGCCGAUAUUGACAAGGUUCAUAAGGAGCUGCGCUGGCUCGAUAUAGGGAUAUUGAGUGUUAGAAAUUUCCGCCAAAUACCCCGCUCUCGAUCUAUCUUGUGGAUAAUUCUGGUGCUGUCCUCACUUCCUUUACAUCUGAUGUAUAACUCCGCCAUUUUUGCUACGACAUCGUCAAAUGCCUAUUAUGUGUUUCUUGGAGAUAAAUCUUUUGGACACAAAGCUUUUGAGGGCCUUACUUUGAUUCCGUCAAGGACACAAGUCAGUUCUAUGGAUUACUAUGAGCAUCAUAAAGACUCUGCCACUGCGACGUUUGCUCGACUCUACAACAGAGCUCGGAACGGGACUCUGGAGAAAUUGGAUAACGCUGCCUGUAUCGACACGUACACGAAAACAUACCGAAAUUCUUAUGCCAACUUACUGUUAGUGACGGAUAAUCCGCACAAUUACAGUGCGUAUACAUACGUUGGCUACCAAGAAGUAUACAGGCCUGUGACAGGAUAUCCGCUCCAUUGGAUUUGCCCCGAUGAAUAUGAUAGCCAGGCUACUGGCUGCCAGUCCUACUUUACAAAUACCGCACCUGAAGCAAUAGCUACUCACUGGAAAGUGUUAACCCAAUCGAUAAGGUACUGUCUCGUAGAGGUUACUCAACCUCACUGCAAACUUCAGUACAGCCUCCCAUUGACUUUGGUUGUCAUGGUAUUUAUUGUGAUAAAGGCUAUCACUAUAUGCUACGUUGCUAUCACAAUUGACGCCCCUAUCCUGACGAUUGGAGAUGCUAUCUCCUCCUUUCUUGAAAAGCCGGACAUAACCGUAAGAGGGAAAUGUCUACUUUCGAUGAAGGACCUAACGGAGCCUUCAAGCAACUAUAAUCCGUAUUGGGUGCGCCGAAAUCGCUGGGAGUUCAUCCAGACGCCUAAAAAAUGGCAUUCCGCCGUCCCAACUGGGCGAUGGUUCUUUGGUAUAAUGUCGUAUUGUAUCUCUAUAGCCUUUUGUGCUUUUCUCUUAGGAAUCGGGCUAAGCACCAUGUCGAGUAAAACCGGGAUUUGGGCUGCUGGCUUACAAGCACUCGAUUUCCGUACCUUGAUAAGUGCAAAUUUCUGGCCUACGUCAUUGAUAUCCAACACGCUGAUAGCUAAUCUGCCACAGCUUGUUUAUUCAAUCAUAUAUUUUGCAUAUAACGGCAUCCUCACAACCAUGGCUAUGUCUGCAGAAUGGAGUAAAUACGCGACUCAGCGAAAAGGCCUCCGAGUUUCUGCUGCACCGAGAAUAGCACAACGAAGCAAAUACUUUCUUUCAUUGCCUUACCGCUAUGCUAUUCCACUUAUGGCCGCGUCGAGCAUACUACAUUGGCUCAUAUCCCAAAGCCUUUUCCUGGUAGGAGUUGAAGCGUACGACCAGAAUCUCCAGCGUGAUCCCGCAUCAGACAUCAGCGUAUGCGGCUACUCACCAACUGCUAUUGUCUGUAGCAUCUCCCUUGGAAUGGCAAUGGUGUGCUGUUUAGUUGGCUUAGGAUUCAAGCGCUUCAAGUCUGGCAUGCCAGUUGUGGGGAGCUGCAGUCUAGCCAUUGCUGCUGCGUGUUUCCCUAAUCCUAGUAUACAUGACCCCGAGCAACAGGCCGGGUCAACCUCUGAUGCGGCAUGUUUUCCACUGAAAUGGGGGGUUGUACCUUGGAAUGAAAGGUCAACUGGUCAUUGCGCAUUCUCAAGUAGGGAGGUUACUAUGCCUAUAGAUGGAAAUUUAUAUCUUUAA